CACACAGGCAGGCAGGGAGAUAUGGAAAGAUAAAAAUGGACAAAUAUGAAGAUAAGUUGGUCCCACUUAUUUGCUCUUCAAAGCUGCACUCGUAAUCAUCGUCAUCACCGUUCACCACACGAUGCUCUCUUCCACUUCCACCCUUUCCCAUUAACAGCAUACACCAGAAAAGAUGAAGACACCCCACUUACCUUUCAUGUUGGUUCUAGUGCUAGUGUUAGCCUCACGCUGUGCAGCAGAAGAGGCUUCCACUGCAGAAAGCAUCAUCUUCACCACACUUGGGAGAGCCUUCUACGCCUUCGACAUCUAUUCCCUCCCAAUUCAUGAUCACCCACAAACUCUCACACCCAACCAAGAACUUCAACUCACCGAUGGCCACUCCGUUAACUUCAACGGCCACUUCAUCCCCAACACUUCCUCUAUCCAACUCCCCACUCACUCCCCUCCUCUCCAACUCGUUUACAUCACCGAGAGAAACGGCUCCCCCACCAUUUACUACGACGCCCUUUACACUUGCACAACCACAAAUCUAGACACAAGAAUCCAAGUCCCUCUGUUACCCAACAGCCCCAGCGCCACUUCUAAAGUUUCCAUCAAAGACAAGCCCAGCGUCACCCCCGAUGGACAAUAUUUACUAUACGUAUCCACCCACGAGGACCCGGGUGUUCCACGGGCCAGCUGGGCCGCAGUUUACUCCACACACCUCCAAUCGGGCCUCACCCACAGGCUCACCCCUUACGGUGUGGCUGACUUCAGCCCAGCCCUCUCCCCCUCCGGCCUCUGGACCGCGGUUGCUUCCUACGGCCCCCACGGCUGGGCCGGCGAAGUAGAGGAUCUCACAACAGACAUCUACGUUUUCCUCACUCGCGACGGAACUCACCGAGUCAAAAUCGUCGAACACGGCGGCUGGCCCGCCUGGGUGGACGAUCGCACCCUUUACUUCCACCGAAGAGGCCACGACCAGUGGUGGAGUAUUUACAGAGCCAUUCUCCCCUCCAACGCUCCCCUUUCCACCGACUCGGUCCUCGUCGAACGAGUCACCCCGCCGGGUCUCCACGCGUUCACACCCGCCACCUCACCGGGGAACAAAAACUUCAUCGCCGUGGCAACAAGAAGGGCAGGCUCCGCUUUUCGGCACAUCGAGUUAUUCGAUCUGGUUAAAAAGGAAUUCACGGAGCUAACUCGGUUGGUCUCGCCUCGUUCUCACCACCUCAACCCCUUCCUCUCACCCGAUUCAACUCGGGUGGGGUACCACAAGUGCAGAGGAGAACCCAACGCUCAUAGCAGCCCCCAGUUUCUGCUCGAGAAUGUUCGGAGCCCUGUCCCGAAUCUAACUCUAUUCCGGUUCGUGGGUUCCUUCCCGGUUUUCUCACCCGCGGGUGACCGAAUCGCGUACGUGGAGAUGCCUGGGGUUUAUGUAGUGAACCGGGACGGUUCGAACCUGCGUAAGGUUUCAAACGCGAUGGCCUUUUCCACUGCCUGGGAUAGGGUUCGAGCGGGUGUGAUAUACACUGCGAUUGGGGAAACAUUUGCUUCGGAGAGCUCGCAAGUGGAUAUAGUAUCCAUGGACGUGGACGAGGGAAACAGCGUGAAGAGGUUGACCUUGGACGGGAAGAACAACGCGUUUCCGUCUCCCUCGCCGGACGGGAAAUGGAUCGUGUUCCGGUCGGGUCGUUCGGGUCAUAAGAAUCUUUACAUAAUGGAUGCGGUGGGUGGGGAGAGGAAGGGGCUUCGAAGGUUGACGGAGGGUCCUUGGACGGACACGAUGUGCAACUGGUCACCGGACGGGGAAUGGAUCGCCUUUGCAUCUGACCGGCAUGACCCGGGUAGCGGGAGCUUCGAGCUGUACCUGAUCCGCCCAGACGGAAGCGGGUUGAGGAAGUUGGUGGAAAGCGGGUCGGGUGGGAGGGCGAACCACCCGUAUUUUAGCCCGGAUGGGAAGAGAUUAACGUUUACUUCGGACUAUGCGGGGAUAUCUGCGGAGCCAAUCUCGAACCCGCAUCACUACCAGCCUUAUGGUGAAAUCUUCAGCGUUAGAUUGGAUGGUUCGGACAUCAAGAGGUUGACUCAUAACUCUUACGAGGAUGGAACACCGGCUUGGUCCCCCAAGUACAUACCUCCGCUGAAUAUUGAGAAAGCCAAGGGAGGACCCUAUUGCUCUUUUGAAGACUGUCAUUGGCUCAACAAUAUGCCAAAUUGGAGGGCUGUGGCUGCUUCUAGGCCUCACUGUGCUGCUCUGUAAUGCCACUCUUGUCGUUGUUGUUAUAUGUUUAAUACUACUUACUACUUAGUACCUACUAUGCACUACGUCCUUAAAUGUGUGCUAAAGCUGUAUGUAAAGAGAUUCUAGGUUCAGAUUUUCAUGAAUCAAUAACUGCUCUCAGCUCUAGUGCAACUUGCGUGCUCGGAGGUACUCGCCAGAAAAACAAGGGCAUCAAAAUCAAAAUCACAUACAAAAUGUAAUUCUUGUGCAGCUUUUAAAGGGAGAAAAUAAACAAAUUGUAUGUGGAUUGGAUAAAGUUACACAACAAUAUAUAUCACUAUUCAUGUAUCAUCACCCAUUUCAAAGGCUGUGCCAGGCUAAAAUUAUGGAUUAUGUAUUAAAGUUAAGCAGCAAACUUUAUUGGAUUAAAGAUUAUACCAACCUUUUCAA